GUGAGGAGCACGACGGGGGCAACAUCACCUCCACCGUGAUCUUUUGUUUUGUAAUACAUAUCCAACGCAUGCGGUUCAUGUCUGCGUGUUCACCUCGCAACAACGCGUCUGGCGUGCUACAGGUGUAUCGCCUGCACGACGCGUGCGCCACACUGCAGCUCGCCCUCCUCGCCCGGCAGCAGCAACAGCAUCGCGUGACGGACUACGUGGAGGAAAACGCCGCUGACCUCGUGGCAGCCUCCCGCACGGUGUUGUCUGUCCCUUCGACCUCUGCCCCUCCUUCGGUGCCGCCAUCGUGGGUGUGCAUUGGGGUGAGCUCACGUAGCCACCGCGACGUUUACCUCGCGCUGCCGACCUACGCCGCCUUCUUUUUCGAUUACAGCAUCGAGUGGGCGCUGUUUGCCUCCACGGAAAUGUCACGGCAGUACGUUGGCCGUUGCAUGAUGGCGAAGCUGCAGACCGUCGGCGGCGGUUGGGCCUCGCUGCACCGCGCAGACAAGGCGUUGCUGUGCGCCCUGCAGCUUUACCGCGUCGCCGUGGCCGUUUUUGAUGAGGAGGUGGUGCGCAAGUGCCGUCUCUUCAUUGGAUGGGCAUUCCUGUGGAACAGCAAUCGAACGAAGGCGCUGGAAGUCUUUCAGGGCGAGUUAGACGACGCACGCGCACGCGGCGACCUUGUCCACGAGCGCCGCUGUCUGCAUGCCGUCUUCAACGCGGAGCUGAACCCCAACUUGGCGCCCGGUGGCGCCUACACCGAUCACUUCGAUCUUGUGGACCGCUGUUCGAAUGCCUUCGCGUAG